GUUCUCCACUCCAGUGUCCAAACACGUUACUUCACCAGCAAUAUAUAAAAGUGUAAUGCUAGGGUUUAAUACGACAAGAACGUAUAAAUUCGCCCCAAAACUCAAAACACUUUCACUCGCCGGCACUUAAAAUUUCCGACUGUGGUAGUAUUUCUGUGAACGAAGAAAAAAUGUCGACCGGAGAGCUUGCUUGCACCUAUGCUUCUCUCAUUCUCCAUGGAGAUGGAAUCGUCAUUACUCCUGAGAAGAUUGCAACUCUGCUCAAGACUGCAAAUUUGAAUAUUGAAUCUUACUGGCCGAGUUUGUUUUAUAAGCUGUGUGAGAAGAGAAGCAUUGAAGACUUAAUUCUGAAUGUUGGCUCCGGUGGUGCCUCUGUUGCAGUUGCUGCACCAGCUGCUGCCACUGGUGGUGGUGGUGGUGGUGGUGGUGGUGCCCCUGCUGCUGCUGUUGAAGAGAAGAAGGAGGAGCCUAAGGAAGAAAGUGAUGAUGAUAUGGGAUUCAGUUUGUUUGACUAAAUUGUCACUGUAUCCAUCUUUGCACUGCAAUCUUUAGCUCCAGAAUUUUGAAGGAGACUGUUGUGUUUCUGAGGAAGUUAGACAUUACAUUAUAAUUUUCUUUAGUAAACUUAAUUUAGUUAAAGUUAUUAUAUUUGCCUUUA